AUGAGCUACUACGGCAGCUACUACGGAGGCCUGGGCUACGGCUCCGGAAGCUUCGGAGGCCUGGGCUGUGGCUAUGGCUGUGGAUACGGCAGCUACAACAGGCUGGGCUGGGGCUCUGGCUGCGGAGGCUGCGGCUAUGGCUCUGGAUUUGGAGGUUAUGGUUGUAGCUCUGGCUACGGAGGCUGCGGCUAUGGCUCUGGAUUUGGAGGCUACGGCUGUGGCUCUGGCUUUGGAGGCUACGGUUAUGGCUCUGGUUUUGGAAACUACGGCUGUGGCUACCGCCGCCCUUCAUGCUGUGGGGGAUCCGGAUAUGGCUUCUCCAACUUCUACUGA